AUGAAUUCCACGAAAGUGCAAAGGCUCAAAGAUUGGCUAGAAAUACCUUGUGAAAAUGACAGAACAAAAACCAAAGCAUUUAUUUCAGAGGUUCUUCACGUGACUAAUGACCCAGACAAAGGACGCUGUAUAGUGACAGGUGAAGAAGUACAGGCAUCAACCAAUCUGAUAAAAAUUCCCAAAAAGUUUUUACUUAAUUAUCUGAACAUUUUAAAAUUUUUGUCUCCAUUCAACCAAAAUGCUUUAGCCUUUUUGAAGAAAAACAUUACAAAUUUUGAUGUCAGAGUAUUUGACACCCCACAAGAUGCAAUUACCGUCUUAUAUUCCAAAUUGGACUUUGAUCGAUUAUUGAAAUUGACUUCACAUCAACUUUUAGUUCUUUAUAUAUGCCUUGAGAAGAAAAGAGGAAAAAAUUCUUUUUGGCAGCCGUUGUUAGACUGUUUUCCCAACCUAGGCGAAUAUGAGGGAAUACCCAUGACCUGGAAUCUUAGAAAUUCACCGCCUGUAUCCAAAAAAAUAUAUAAUUUACUCCCGAGAUCAUGUAUUUUACAUUCGAAGAAACAGAUUGAACAAUUUUAUAAUGACAUCCACCAAAUAUCCAGUAUUUCUGGCAAUUUAGAAUUAGGUAUUAAGGAAGAAGAAUACUUAUGGGCAUGGUUGGCAGUGAAUACAAGAUGUCUGUACUAUAAGCUACAUUCAUGCCUCCCUAUUGGAAAAACGAAAUUCAAAGAGGAGAGCAGCAUAACCAUGGUGCCGUUUGUUGACUAUAUUAAUCACAAAACCAUGGAUUCCAAUGCGAUUGCCAAAGAAGCUAAAAGCGGUUAUGAAGUAGAUUCAAUAGAUGGAAUCCAAAAGGAUGAGCAUGUUUGGUUCAGUUAUGGUCCUCAUGAUGACACCUUUCUUCAAUGCGAGUAUGGAUUCUCUACAUCAGAGUUGAAUUAUAUGUCUUCAAAUGAUUAUAGCUAUAAGUGUUUCAAUCCGUAUAACACUGUCAAUAUAUCCGAAAUUGUGAAAAAGUUGCUCAGUUUACCGAAGAAGAAAAAUGUGGUGGAGUGGUUGAAGCAAGUAGGUUAUUACGAUGAUUACACAUUGGGCAUUGAUGAUACAAGGUUAUUAGGUGGUAAAAUAAACGUUUCUGUCCAUCCUUCAUUUCGCACAAGGAUAGUCCUGGCUUCUCUAAUCGAAGCAGAAUCGGAAUUCACAUUCAAUGAACUACAACGAUCAUAUGUUUGUCCUGCGAGACUAGAAAAAUUCUACCAAGGAUUAACUGAAGGUGAGUAUUAUCUCACAACAGAAAAGGUGUUGCUAAAGAAAAUACUGAGUAAGUUAGAAACUGAAUUGAAAGAUCGGCUCACUAGUGUACUUUCUUUUAAAGUCGAUAGUAGUGUUGAGAGUAAAAUCACUACAUGCAGAAAGUUACUUUUAGAUGAACUGUUCAUUAUUACUUCGUAUUGA